AAUGUUCAUCAUUUUCGCUCUAUUUCUUCUGCUAGUUGAAAAUAGUGUAAUGAUAACUGAUGGAAAACUAAUAAAUAUUGCUAGCAAAAGUAAUGGAGCAGCUUGUACAGCCUCAAGUGUACAUACUACACCAAUUGAUCAGAAAUGUGAAUUUGCACAAGAGCCUUUCUGGAUUAAUCAUAAUGACUGGGCAGCAACAUGUUCAUCAAAUCUAGACUGUAAAUCAUCAUGGAUAAAGAUCACUUUUAAAAAAGCUUAUGAUGUUAUUCAAGUGUGUGUUGUUCAAAGAGUAGUUGAAUCUUCUGCUUUGCUAAAAAAGAUUGAAAUUAAAAUUGGCAGCAAUCCAAUAAAGAUAUACAAUAUAAAUCUUAUUGAAACUUGCUUACUACUUGAAUAA